GCCGCCUGCAGCGCGUGGUGCCAGCUGCCGGGGGCUCGCGCUGCUGCCGCGGCGGCGCCUGGCUGGUGGGCGGCGAGCGGGUGGUGCGCGCGCUUGGUCUCUCGGGGAGGCGCACGUGACGAGCGGGAAGGCGGGCGCGCGGCUCUGCCACAGGGCAACAAGUGAGGCUUUUCCCGCCCCCUCCAACGGCCGGCGCGCCUCGGCCCCCGCCCCGGCUGCCGGGCCCCAGGCGCCUCAUCCCCUUCGCAUCACUUUAGCUCCCUGCUGGCCCACCGCUCCGCCGCCGCGCGGCCGGCCCCGAGGGGAGAGCGGCGGCAGCGGUGAGCGUGGUCCCGUGGGGAGGCGCUGGGGCGGCACGAGCCCUCGGUGGCCGCCUCGGCGCCGCCCCGGCUUCGCCCUCAGGUGCGGAGCCCCCGCCCUCUGCGGGGGCUGGCGGAGCGCGGCGGCGUGGAUUCCCGCCGGUCGCGAGGGCCGUGAUAGAGCGGCAGGUCAGCGCCGGGGGGACGGAGGGAGGGACCCCCACCGCGUACAGGCGGCCUGCGGCAAGACAAAAGCAUGGUGGAUGUGGAGGCGGCGGCAGGAAGAACCCCGGCGGAGACCCGCGGCACCCUGGCAAGAUAUGAGAAAUGAGUGUUGGACGCAGAAGAUUAAAGCUGCUGGGAAUUCUGAUGAUGGUAAACAUUUUUAUUUAUGUGAUUGUGGAAGUGUCAAAAAGUGGCAGCCAAGAGAAGAAUGCAAAAGGCCGUGUUAUUAUACCACGCAGCAAAUUCUGGAGAAAAUAUACUCCUCACAAAGCUUAUUGGAACAAACAGCAACAGAAGCUUGAACUGCUUUACAACCCUAUUCUUACCUUGCUUUCCAAUAUGACUGUGGAAGAGAACUUAGUUUUGAACUCGAGUGUUCUCAAUUCCUGUGACCCUGAUCCGUGGGUACCUUCAGAAGUUAGUGACUUUGCAAGCUUGCCAGACAGAUUCAAAGACUUUCUACUUUAUUUGAGAUGUAGAAAUUAUUCUUUAUUAAUGGAUCAGCCAAACAAGUGCAAACAUAAACCUUUUCUGCUGCUUGCUAUUAAGUCACUUACACCCCAUUUUGAUAGAAGGCAAGCAAUUAGGGAAUCCUGGGGCAAGGAAAUAACAUCAGGGGAUGUGACAGUCAAAAGGGUCUUCUUACUUGGACAGACCCCACCAGAGGAUAAUUUUCCUGACCUUUCAGACAUGAUAAAAUUUGAGAGUGAAACCCACCAAGACAUUCUCCUCUGGAACUACAGAGACACUUUCUUCAAUUUAACUCUGAAAGAGGUGCUGUUUCUUAAGUGGGUCAGCAGCAGUUGCGCAGAUGUCCAGUUUAUUUUUAAGGGUGAUGAUGACGUUUUUGUGAAUACCCAUCAGAUCCUGGAUUACUUGAAGAGCUUAUCGAAGGACAAAGCCAAAGACUUAUUUAUAGGUGAUGUGAUCAAAGAUGCUGGACCUCACAGAGAAAAAAAAUUGAAGUACUACAUCCCAGAAAGUGUAUAUGAAGGUUCGUAUCCUCCAUAUGCAGGAGGUGGUGGGUUUCUGUACUCUGGUGAUCUGGCAUUAAGACUGAAUAAUGCAUCUGACCAGGUACUCCUUUACCCUAUUGAUGAUGUUUAUACUGGAAUGUGCCUUCAGAAGCUUGGGCUUGCUCCGGAAAAACACAAAGGCUUCAGAACAUUUGAUAUUGAAGAGAAAUACAGAAAUAACAUAUGUUCCUACACAAAUUUAAUGUUAGUGCAUAGUAGAAAACCUCAAGAAAUGAUUAAGAUUUGGUCACGCUUGCAAGAUCCACACUUAAAUUGCUAAAGCAAUGUGCAUAAGUGUCUUAAAUCCAAAUAACUUUACAAGGUUGGGUCUGACUUUCUUGGUGGACCAUCGAAGCUCUAUUUAAUAGUUUAAUUUUUUCUGGAAACUUUUUCCUGUAUGUUUGAAAAUGAGAAUAAUACUAAAAUUUGAUGGGAUGGCUUGAAGACUUGGUCCUGGCUUUUUCCACUGUCCUGGUGGUCACUAUGUUUCAAUAUUUGUCUUUAAUUUUAGAAAGGACUUCAAGGAUCUAUCUAGCUAUCAGUGACUGUUUAGCUGUAUUGGAAACAGGGAUUGCCUAUGACAAUGCAUCUUUCAUUAGUUUUGAUGGUGGAAGAUAGUUUUUCCUUGAGUAGUGUUUGUGUGUGGAAACCACUGUAAAUUGAAAAUUCACAAAUUGGAGCAAUGUAGUUUAAGUAUUAAACACUCUUACAAGACUUUAUUGAAUUUUAUUAAUUUAUAGUUCUCAGUCUUUUUGCACCCCGGAACAGUAUUUUCUCCUUCAGUCUUCUGUGCAAAGUGUGCCUGUGUCUGAAGGAUUUACCCUUUUAUUACAUGAUGGUUUUUUUAACAAAAAAAAGCAUAAUACUAUUUGAAACACCCCAUAAAAGAGCUGAAUAUAUAAGGAAUAAGAACAGCAGCUUUUGUUUGGAGUUGGGCAGUAGGUACAGUUAGGUCUGCCCCCUGCCCCAAGCUUAUGUGAGGUAGAGGUGACUUGUCGCUCUGUUAUUUAUGUGAAAAGCUACUCUGGUCAGUUCUUGUUUUGUGUUUUGGCACUAAGUGUGAUCAGGUAGCUCGAUUUGAUGCAAAUAAAUGAAAUUGCACAUUGCGUAUGAGAGCAUGGUCUGGAUCUCCUAUAAAGCGGUAGCAAAUCUAGAAUUGUGCAGAUCCGAAGAGUUUUGAAUUUUGAAACAAACUUUGAAGUUGCAUGAUGUCUCAUGUAGAAUUAAACAUAUUCUCAAAACUCAGACUUUCUUAUGUAUUGCCACAUCUUGCUUCAAGAGUUUAUUCUAAAUAGUGGUUGCUUCCUUUGUAUAUGUAGAAGUGCCUGUCUAUUUAUUGUUCAGAUUGAAGACCAAAACAUUUUCUUAAAUAUAUUUUGUGUAACAUUUUAUUUGUAUAGUGUUGUCACUCAGAUAUUUAAAUAGAGCAUGAUAUUUUAAAUCUGAGAAGUGUAACAUGUUCAAUAAAGCUAAUUGCUAUUUUUGAAUUUGAAAAAUAAAAUGUGAUUUAAGUA